AUGAUUCGUGGUGAUGACCUACUGAUUAAGAUCCCCUUCUUCACUGAGCACGACGGCUCUCCCAUCAUCGAAGAUACAAGAAAGAACCCUGCGCUCAGCAGUAAACCUUACCCUUCUUCCGUUGGCAAGCCUUCCGCCACGCCCAACAACGAGGACUGUGCGCCUUGCAAGUAUAUCAGCCUGACUGGAGAUCGUGUCUCGCAAGCACGGACACCCGAGACACCCAAUGAUCAUAACUACGGAGAGCAAAUGCCGGGAACUUGGCUGGAUCUCGCCUCGGAGGACAGCUUGCCGCCCGCCGAAGCCAAGUCCCAAUCCGUAUCAGCGGCUGUAAGAACACAGGCCAUACCCACUUCAUACGGCACCGUCACCGGUUCUCACAGAAAAUCACAGACGGAGUUCGCCUCGAUUCCUUCUGAAGUUCUUCACAUGGACUUUGAGUUUGCCAGUGGUCCUGAUACGGGUACCCAGGCUCAUAGGAAGUCGUCAACCGAGUUCAAAGAAAUUGUUGCAACCACCGGCUUUGAUGACAAGUCGGGUAUUCGAAAGGAUGUCGCCCUGCUCGACUUCGAUCUUCAGGAUCCGAACAGUACCCCCUGCGUCCCUGCGAGGGACGAGGAGAGGAAAAUUACCGGUCAAUUAUGGAGAAAGCCCGAGUCGCAAGAUCAGCCAGCGCAACUUUGGAAGUCAAAUGGUCGAUAG